CUGUUUAGGAGGCUGAGGCUGCAGGACAAACCAUGUUUCACUUAAGGACUUGUGCCACUAAAUUGAGGCCGUUGACGGCUUCACAGACUAUUAAGACAAUUUACCAACACAGGCCGGCAGCCCCAAGGACGUUUCAACCCAUCAGGUGCUACAGCGCGCCUGUGGCUGCCGAGCCCUUCUUGAGUGGGACUAGUUCAAACUAUGUGGAGGAAAUGUAUUAUGCCUGGCUGGAAAAUCCCAAAAGUGUACAUAAGUCAUGGGACAUAUUUUUUCGCAAUGCCAAUGCUGGAGCUGCUCCGGGCACCGCUUACCAAAGCCCCCCUCCACUGAGCACCAGCCUGUCUGCACUGACCCACGCCCAGGCCCUUGUCCAAGCACAGCCUAAUGUUGAUAAGCUGGUGGAAGACCAUCUCGCCGUACAGUCGCUCGUCAGGGCCUACCAGAUUCGAGGGCACCAUGUAGCACAGCUCGACCCACUGGGAAUCUUGGAUGCUGAUUUGGACUCGUCCGUUCCAGCUGAUAUAAUCACAUCCGCUGACAAACUGGAUCUGGCAGUGUUCAAGGAGCGGCUGAGAGUGCUAACAGUAGGAGGGUUUUAUGGGCUGGACGAAUCGGAUCUUGACAAGGUCUUCCACUUGCCCACGACCACCUUCAUCGGAGGGAAUGAGUCAGCUCUCCCACUCCGCGAGAUCAUCCGGCGCUUGGAGAUGGCUUACUGCCAGCACAUUGGGGUGGAGUUCAUGUUCAUUAAUGACCUGGAGCAGUGUCAAUGGAUACGGCAGAAAUUUGAGACCCCAGGAAUCAUGCAGUUCACCAGUGAGGAGAAGCGCACCCUGCUGGCCAGGCUGGUGCGAUCAACCAGGUUUGAGGAGUUCCUACAUCGGAAAUGGUCCUCAGAAAAGCGCUUUGGCUUGGAAGGCUGCGAGGUGCUGAUCCCCGCUCUGAAAACUAUCAUUGACAAGUCGAGCCAGAAGGGGGUGGACUAUGUUAUUAUGGGCAUGCCCCACAGGGGGCGUCUCAAUGUUCUGGCCAACGUCAUCCGCAAGGAGCUGGAGCAGAUCUUCUGCCAGUUUGACUCCAAGCUGGAGGCUGCUGACGAGGGCUCGGGCGAUGUGAAGUACCACUUGGGCAUGUACCACCGCCGCAUCAACCGUGUCACUGACCGCAACAUCACGCUCUCUUUGGUCGCCAACCCUUCUCACUUGGAAGCUGUGGACCCUGUGGUUCAGGGCAAGACUAAGGCGGAACAGUUCUACUGCGGGGACAUACAAGGGAAGAAGGUGAUGUCCAUCCUCCUGCAUGGAGAUGCAGCAUUUGCUGGGCAGGGCAUUGUGUACGAGACCUUCCAUUUGAGUGACCUACCAUCCUACACCACUCAUGGGACUGUGCACGUGGUGGUGAACAACCAGAUUGGCUUCACCACGGACCCGCGCAUGGCUCGCUCCUCGCCUUACCCCACCGAUGUGGCCCGUGUGGUCAACGCACCUAUCUUCCACGUCAAUGCUGAUGACCCUGAGGCUGUGGUGUACGUAUGCAACGUGGCGGCUGAGUGGAGGAGCACCUUCCACAAGGAUGUUGUUGUGGACCUGGUAUGUUACAGGCGCAACGGCCACAAUGAGAUGGACGAGCCCAUGUUCACCCAGCCACUGAUGUACAAACAGAUCCGGAAGCAGAAGCCUGUGCUGCAGAAAUAUGCUGAGCUGCUGAUUUCCCAGGGGGUGGUGAAUCAGCCAGAGUAUGAGGAGGAGAUUGCCAAGUAUGACAAGAUCUGUGAAGAAGCCCAUGCCAGGUCCAAGGAUGAGAAGAUCCUACACAUCAAGCACUGGCUGGACUCUCCCUGGCCUGGCUUCUUUACCUUGGAUGGGCAGCCCCGAAGCAUGACCUGCCCUUCCACAGGCCUGAGUGAGGAAGACCUGACCCACAUCGGCAGCGUGGCCAGCUCGGUGCCUGUGGAGGACUUCACUAUCCACGGAGGCCUGAGCCGUAUCCUGAAGACUCGUGGGGAGAUGGUGAAGACUAGGAUGGUGGACUGGGCCCUGGCAGAGUACAUGGCCUUUGGCUCCCUCCUCAAGGAGGGCAUCCACGUGCGUCUCAGUGGUCAGGACGUUGAGAGGGGCACAUUCAGCCACCGCCACCACAUCCUCCAUGACCAGAAUGUGGACAAGAGGACCUGCAUCCCCAUGAACCACCUAUGGCCCAACCAGGCUUCCUACACAGUCUGUAACAGCUCCCUCUCAGAGUAUGGCGUUCUGGGGUUCGAGCUGGGCUUUGCCAUGGCCAGCCCCAACUCCUUGGUCCUCUGGGAAGCCCAGUUUGGUGACUUCCACAACACAGCCCAGUGCAUCAUCGACCAGUUCAUCUGCCCUGGGCAGGCCAAAUGGGUCCGGCAAAAUGGCAUUGUCCUGCUGCUGCCCCAUGGCAUGGAGGGCAUGGGCCCCGAGCAUGAGCGGUUCCUCAAGAUGUGCAAUGAUGACCCAGAUGUGCUGCCUAAACUGGAGGACUUCAGUGAUGUGCGCCAGCUGUACGACUGCAACUGGAUCGUGGUGAACUGCUCCACACCGGCCAAUUUCUUCCAUGUCCUGCGCAGACAGAUCCUUCUGCCCUUCCGCAAGCCGCUCAUUAUCUUCACUCCCAAGUCCCUUCUGCGACACCCUGAGGCUCGCUCUGGCUUUGAUGAGAUGCUGUCAGGCACCCACUUCCAGCGUGUGAUCCCAGAGGCCGGCGCGGCAGCCCAGGACCCAGCGGGCGUGCGGCGGGUGCUGUUCUGCACAGGCAAGGUGUACUAUGACCUCACACGGGAGCGCAAGGCCCGCCACAUGGAGGCUGAGGUGGCUAUCACCCGGGUGGAGCAGCUGUCCCCCUUCCCCUUCGACCUGCUCCAGCAGGAAGCUGAGAAAUACCCGAACGCUGAGCUGGCCUGGUGCCAGGAGGAGCACAAGAACCAGGGCUACUAUGACUAUGUCAAGCCACGCCUACGCACCACCAUCAACCGAGCCAAGCCCGUGUGGUACGCUGGGCGUGACCCUGCAGCCGCCCCAGCCACAGGUAACAAGAAGACGCAUGUUACGGAGCUGCAGCGCCUCCUGGACACGGCCUUCAACCUGGAUGCCUAUAAGGCCCUGGCCUAGGCCCAGUGCUCUCCAAUGGACCCUGCCUGCCCCUGAAGGAAGCUUGGGCUGAAAUCUAACACCCCCCCCACCCCCCCACGUACUCUUCUUCCCCCCUCCCCCGAAGCACUGUCCUUGCCCCUCUGUGCCAUGGAAGCUCCUAGUCAUCCACUGCUGGCUCUUGCCACGGCCCAGGCUGGCAGGAGUCCUCUAAGGCCUAAAUGUGGCUUGGCAAGGGAUUGCAGGGUCUUCCCUCUGUCCUGCCACUCCUGAGUGGCUCCUGGUUCCCUGCCUGGCUGUAAGUGGUGCUAUCUGUCCCCUUCCUGGCCCACGGAAGGGCUGGACUCUGCUAGUACCAGCACAGGGGCACCUCUGCCUUUUUCCUGGUGUCACGGUGGCCCUGGCCUGGGUUGGAAGUAGCUCUGUGCCCCCCUCCAGCUAUCCUGCCACCUGGUGCCAUCUGCUGCUCCCUUCAGCUUGGGGAUCUGGGCUUGGCCCUGACUUCCUUUGUGUGGCAUUAAGGUCUCCCAGGCCUGUGCCAAGCUCAGAUCUCACUUCUACUAAAGCUGGGUAGCAUGGUAGGGGGCAGGGGCAGGGGCUGGCACCGUGGGCAGCGCUGGCCCGUGCCCUCACUGCCUGACUUAUUUAUUUGGGGUAUUUUCAGUUCUGAUUUUUCUCUGGCUUCACCAAUAAAAUGUCCAAGGUUCUUCCAGGUCA